GUGUUUGCGUCACGGAGCGGCGCCGGCGGUGUGGCGGCGGGCGCGCGGGCCGCCAUGGCGGACAUGGAGGAUCUGUUCGGCAGCGACGCGGACUCGGAGGCCGAGCAGAAAGAUUCCGAUUCUGGAUCUGAAUCUGAUUCUGAUCAGGAGAAUGCUGGCUCUGGUAGUAAUGCUUCUGGAAGUGACAGUGACCAGGACGAUGACAGAGAGGCAGUAAAACCUAGUAAUAAAGAGUUAUUUGGAGACGAUAGUGAGGAUGAAGGGGCAUCCCAUCACACAGGGAGUGACAACCACUCUGAAAGAUCCUACAAUCGCUCUGAAGCUUCAGGACAUUCUGAGCAUGAAGAUAAUGACCAGUCAGACGUGGACCAGCACAGUGCUUCAGAAGCUGCUCAUGAUGAUGAGGAUGAUGAUCGCGGGCAUGGGUCUGAUGAAGGCAGUCAUCAUUCAGAGGGAGAUGGUUCUGAAAAAGCACAUUCAGAGGAUGAGAAGUGGGGCAAGGAGGACAAAAGCGAUCAGUCAGAUGAUGAGGAGAGACAGCAGAACUCUGAUGAUGAGGAGAGACAGCAGAACUCUGACGAUGAGGAGAAAGCACAGAACUCUGAUGAAGAUGAAAGGCCGCAGGUAUCUGAUGAUGAGGAAAGACUCCAAAACUCAGAUGAGGAGAAAAUGCAGAACUCUGAUGAUGAGGAGAGGCCGCAGGCCUCUGAUGAGGAGAAGAUACAGAACUCGGAUGAUGAUGAAAGGGCCCAGCACUCUGACGAGGAGAAGAUACAGAACUCUGACGAUGAUGAACGGGCCCAGCACUCCGAUGAGGAGGACCAAGAGCACAAAUCUGUAGAGUCUGCAAGGGGCAGUGACAGUGAAGAUGAAGUCCUGCGAAUGAAGCGAAAGAAACCCAUUGCAUCAGAUUCAGAAGCGGACAGUGAUACAGAAGGACAGAAAGAGCAUGCAGAUGUCAUGGACCUAUUUGGAGGUGCAGAUGACAUUUCCUCAGGGAGUGAUGGAGAAGACAAGCCACCAACUCCAGGACAGCCCAUUGAUGAGAAUGGACUGAGUCAAGAACAACAGGAAGAAGAGCCUAUUCCAGAGACUAGAAUAGAAGUAGAAAUACCAAAAGUAAACACAGACUUGGGUAAUGAUUUGUAUUUUGUGAAGCUGCCCAAUUUCCUUAGUGUGGAGCCCAGACCUUUUGACCCCCAGUAUUAUGAAGAUGAAUUUGAAGAUGAGGAGAUGCUUGAUGAAGAGGGUAGAACAAGGUUAAAACUCAAGGUAGAAAACACAAUACGAUGGCGGAUGCGACGAGAUGAGGAAGGGAAUGAGAUCAGAGAAAGUAAUGCACGGAUAGUGAAGUGGUCAGAUGGAAGCAUGUCUCUUCACUUGGGCAACGAAGUCUUUGACGUGUACAAGGCGCCAUUACAGGGAGAUCACAACCAUUUGUUUAUCAGACAAGGGACAGGUCUACAAGGACAGGCUGUUUUCAAGACAAAAUUAACCUUCAGGCCACACUCUACAGACAGUGCCACUCACAGGAAGAUGACUCUGUCUCUGGCAGAUAGGUGCUCAAAGACCCAGAAAAUCCGUAUUCUGCCAAUGGCAGGUCGUGAUCCAGAGUCGCAGCGGACAGAAAUGAUUAAGAAAGAAGAGGAGAGAUUAAGAGCUUCCAUUCGCAGAGAAUCUCAGCAGCGAAGAAUGCGGGAGAAGCAGCAUCAGCGUGGUCUGAGUGCAAAUUAUUUGGAACCUGACCGCUAUGAUGAAGAGGAUGAGGGAGAUGAUGCAAUCAGUCUAGCAGCUAUCAAAAACAGAUACAAAGGUGGCAUCAGAGAGGAACGUGCUAGAAUCUACUCUUCUGACAGUGAUGAAGGCUCGGAUGAAGAUAAAACACAAAGACUACUCAAGGCAAAGAAACUUACUAGUGAUGAGGAAGGUGAACCUUCUGGAAAGAGAAAAGCAGAGGAUGAUGACAAAGCAAGUAAGAAGCAUAAGAAAUAUGUGAUCAGUGAUGAAGAGGAAGAUGAUGACGAUUAAUAUUAAGGAAGCACAGAAGCUGAAUUUUUUUUUUAUAUAUAUAUUUAUAUAUAUAUUGUACAGUUCUCUUACAGCGAAGAUGUAAGUAACCAUAAGGGGGUUAUUUUGAUAAAGGAAAAUUCCGUUGAAGUCUGAGUUUCUGAUGUGAAUAAAGUUUUUUGACUUCCUUUUACUUUUUAAGCUUUUUCUCUUACUGCAGCAACUGUUGCACCAGGGAUUGUCACAGUGCCAUUUGUUAUCUCACACAGUACAUUUCAGUUUGGAGAACUGUAGUAAUUGAUUAUCCAAGUGAAUUAAUCAGUGAUUUUUACUGUGUUCUUCAGGAGAAACCAUUCUAAUCUUUACAGAAUGCUUAAAUGAUAAAUUUCCCUGACAAGGGUAUGGCGAUUUAGCUUACCAUCUGUAUGGAAGGGUUGGAAGAACAUAUGAGUGUCCAGUACAAUUCUGGUUUAUUUCUAGAUAUUCCAUAUUUCCUGUUGACUGUGGACAGUACAUCACUAUCCUGAUAUAUUUUGGUGACUAAAAAUAUUUCUUACCAUGUCUGAGUAUGAAGUUCCUGCAGUUAGAAUAGUUAACUCAUCAAAUAAGACAUUUAUUUUUCAUGCGUUGAAGCCCAGAAUGAAAAUCUGCAUCUUGCCUGAGCAUUAUCAAUAAUAACAAUAAUAAUAGGCACAUGCUAGUGAUGUAAAUGUCAGAGUAAAAGCACUUGUUUAAACAAAACUAAGAAAUUUCUGCCAGCAGAGAUGAAACUCUCCUUUAAAAGGUGAAAUGAACCAUAAUGCAAAAAUACAUCCUAAUAAUAGUGGCUCAUAAUCUCUUAUAAUCCUUAUGGUGCUAUUUCCUGCUGUUCCUGCUUGGUUGUAUAAAUAGGUUUGUUUAGCUGGGAAGUCGCUGGAGGUGAAUGUUCUGGACAGAAUCAUUGCUGCUUUUACACUAUUUCUAAACACCUUAUUUGAUGAUACACCAGUUGUAAAGCGGGGAAAGGCUACAAGAAAUACCUGAACUUUUCCAUGCUUUCUUUCCAAGAUGAAAUAUCCCAUAUGUAGUUUUCCUCGUUGGUGAGAGAGCAUUCAGAUGUUAUCUGUGUUGCUUUUUUAACUGUCUUUCCACACAGUCCUACGGAGUUUGGAUGUGACUUAAAUAAGGUAACAGAAAGAAAACAGAACUAGCUUAAUGCCUCUUUAAAAACAGUAGAAGGCAAGUGCCUCAUAGUCAGCAUUUUCCUCUUGUGACAUUCUCUGGUGCUUUGAGAUGCAGCUUUCAACCUGGACAUCUUGGGUUUGUCAUCUUUAAUUAGGAUAAUAGCUUGUCAAAGUACUGUACCUCAAUUUCUCCUGCCUGGAAGGUACAGGAAGUGUUCUAGCUGCGGUAGGACGGAGCUCUGUGCUAAUAUAUUCUGAUGAGCAGCUGACUGCAGUGUCGAUAUUUGCAAGUAUGAAAACAAAGUGAAAAAUAUCAACUCAGAAAUCUGAGUGCCUGAGAAACUGUUGUGGGGUUUUUUCUAUAAUUAAAUUGUUAUCUAAGAGUUCCUGUGC